UGGUAUCGGCAUAUGAUGAAAGCAAGCUUGGAAUGAAUUGUUAGCUUUUCCUGCCUCGAGAACCGCUGCUUCCACCAACAUAGCCUGAAUGGGGCGGACUCCUGUCUUGGCUUCGACCGCGCAUUUUCUCUGAACAGUUCUUAUUGGCGUUUUGAGUCCCUAUCCACCAUGUCGGACGAUGAAGACUUCGUUGACGAUGACUACGAGGACGAAUGGUAUUGGGCUGAGGACGCAAACCCUGAUAUUGCUGAUAACCUAGCGGAAACUGCUCAGCAUUCUCCUAUACCCGUGGAUGACCCUGCCCUCGAACUCGUAGAGAUCUUCAGCGACUGGGAAUAUUAUUCGGACGAUUAUUACGAUGACGACGCAUCCGUGGUUCGUAAACUGCGGAGCACUCGAGCGUCUCCAUACAGAAGCCGUACAAAGUCCCAAGGGAAUGGUGAUGAGACGAGGAACACAAAGAAGCGAGAACUUGCACGGGUGGAUGACAUACCGGAGUUGAGUUUGGACGAUGAAGAGACUCCACCGCCCUUCGAGCUGAUAGACGCGUCGUCCUUCAAGGGCGUCGUAUGGAAGAAAUCGGACGAUGCCGCUGUCCAGAGAGCACAGCUGUAUGAACCCGGUUUUGGGGAGAAGGUGGCUCUCCUCAGGAACUGGCGAGAGAUCUUUAAGGACUCUCAGCCCAAACGCAACGGAAAUGGGAUAAGAAAGUCCAACACUACCAAGUCUGCUUCUAGUAGUAAUGGUACUGCUACAAGGAGCCGACGAGAAAAGACACAAAAGAUUUCAAGUGGGUCUGCAGAUAUCACUCCAGAAGGUCAUCCGUUGUCAGGCGAUGUGUCUAGAGCAGAUGUUCCUCAACAGAUUACGGAAGCUGAUACGGGCACAUCAUUCACGCCACCCCCUCUAUCCAUCAAUGGUGCCGAAAAGCCAGCUGUUGCCGUAAAGACGAAAGACGGGCCACAGCGGAAAUCUACAUCCCGACUCAGACGUACGGCCACAGUGCAGGAUAAACCACCUGGUGCGAGUGACCACGCAGCGGAACCUGAGCAAAGGGCAUCUACCAAAGCCUCACAGCAGAAAUCAACGAGAAGCGACGAGAAUAAGAAAAUAUCUAUCGCUGUGGAGGUGCCUGUACUCUCUACUGCGGGGCGACGUUCGCAGCGCAAACGGCGGGCUUCAGAAUCCGUGGAUAAGGAAACGGAGAAUACUCAGCCUCGACCGAAGCGUGCUGCCCCGGCGAGAAGAACAAAGGCAAACGAUCAAGUAAAAGAAGCUUCGUCUCCACCAAAAACGAACGUUCGACGGUCGACCAGGACGCGAAAUGGUCAAAAAUAGGUCAUGCCGAGCAGCAUGAUUGAUGAUAAACAACACAUUUAUUCUCGAUUCUGUACAGUUAUAAUUCAUUGCUUAUAGAUUCAGGCCCCACUGCUAGCUUUUUCUCUAGCAGACAUGCACAUGAUAUGAGGAAAGUUCCAUAGUAACUUCAGAAUACAUA